CAGCAGAGUGUUGUUAGCUGAAUGUAGACACCAUGUCCACUGCAAAGAGACAAAGCAGCUUGUCUCGGGGACAGACUGACUGGGAGGAGACAGAGACCAUGUUGGAAGCGCUUCAUGGAGACAUGAGAGAGAGGAUCGUGCUACAGCGGCUGAUAGUGAUUGCUCGCCUCCCCCGCCAUCUUGCUGACAGGACAGAACUGGGAGCUCAUUAUGAGAAACUCAACUUUCAGCUCAGCAAACAGUUCAUCUGGGAUCAAAUGACGGGCCUGCUGCUGAUUUAUCCGUCCUGUCUGCUGCACGUCAUUGAAUCAUCCAGGGACGUUCUGCUUUCUUUUUUGAGAGAUCUUAAAGACAUGCAACAACAGCCAGACGGUGUCGUGCUGGAGGCUCCCAGGGUCGUGUUCAUGGCACACAACCCUCAGAGCAGGCUGUUCCAACAGUGGAGCUACAAGGUGCUGGAUGCAGAUCAGGGGGCGGAGGACUCGGGGGUUAAGAGACUUGAGGAAGAGGAGGAGAGCACAGAGAGUCUGGUUUGUACGGUCCUGUCAGCGCUGCAGCUACUGGGUGAACAUCUGCAAAUAUCUAAAAAGGCCCUCCCUGGUUUGAUGCUGGAGCAGCGUCCACACCUGAUCGUCUCUCAGGAUGUUCUCAACAAGCUUUUGACUCUAGACGACUUACAGACGCCACAACAACACCUACAGAUGUACAACUCACCGUUAAACAUCAGCAUGGACUUCGGACGAGUUAGACGAAGCAGCUGCCUCACCAGAGUUUAACAUUUUGGGCAAAAGGUCAAAGAAUGUGUUUGGCCUUCACCAAAGCACCGAGGAUGUGACUGAAGCAGAGAGAAAUCACUGCGACAGUUUAAUACCAACAUUUAAUGUACCGCAGGACGCCUCUGGGAUUUCUUUUUGUUGUUUCUUUCUGCUCCACAUGAUUUUAUAUAUGAAACUUGUUUGAAGCAAAGAAAAGCACAGGAAGUCCAAGUAAUAUAAAAAAACAUUUUUAAUAGUUUCAACAUUCGGAUGAGGUUAAUUUAUUUCUAUUUGACUGUACACUGUGUUCCACUUGGUGACCAGGAGAUAGCAUGUCCAAGAAAAAGGCAUUUCCUCUUUACUCCAGACUUUAAAGAGUCGGCAGCGUCACUACAGUUUGACACAAAGAAAGAUUCCUUGCUCACUUAUGUGUUCCCUUUUUAUUUUGGCCCCCGUUACUUGGAACUUAAGCAAAAAAGAAAAAUCAAAGAUGACUGGAGAUGUACUUGCACUGGCUGCAUGCACCACAUUGUAAUCUAUAAACUGUAUGUGUAAAAACAAACCUGUAUGCAGCACGUUUUUUUUUCUGUUUGCAGUGUGAAGUCACAGGAACUUUUCAGGAGAUUUAAGUCUGCUAUAGCAAAGUACUUUAGAGCAUAGACGGUCUCACUGCCGUCAUGUUAGCUGAUGGAUUUCCUGACAAUGGUCUGAGCCAGAUGUGCUUUUCUUAUUUGCUCUAGAUAAAAAGGGUGACAGGUGCUGUAUGAGUGUAACACAGGAGAGACAUGAUGAAACAGUAAAUCAUCAGUGUUUCGAGUUGAUGGAGAGUUUGACUAAAAAAACGUCGAGGGCAGCACUUUUAUAAAGGUCGAUCUAUUCACUUAUAAAAAAUAAAUACAAGCACAUUUAUAUAGGACCAAAGAUGAGACAUAUUUCAUAGGCAUGGUUAAAAAGCAUGCUGCCGAGUUUCACACAGGACAAUGUCGAAUCAAACGCCG